UGCGUUACUCAACCGGAAAGCGGUGUGUUGCUCCCACUCCGACAAGCGUGCCAAGCGUCUAGGACUGGGAACACUGUUGAGCGAAGCCAGCCAUUGAAACGAACGCACAUUCCACUUCCUCUGGACACCAUUCUAGCCACUUGAACUCCCGCACAUAGCAGUAUUCCUACUUCUCCGGAAACGCAAUGGACUUCUCCGUAUCCCUCUCACAGCACGCGGCGGACAUUUCGUCGUUGCGCAAGUCGCUGUCGGACACGCUGGUUGGGUUGAGGCAGGAUAUGGAGUUUUCGAGGAGGGAGUUGCAUCAUUUGGGCGAGCUGCUGGUUGAUGAUGCCCUGCUGUACAGAUUUCUGAGAAAGCACAAGUUCAACAUUCAAGCCGCAUCGCAAGCAUUCCUAGAUCACGUCGACUGGCGGCUGCAAAACGAUCUUCCCAACUACUCGACAGCGUCACUCACCCCAAAGGCGUCACAACUAUGUCAUGAAGGGCUAUUCUACUUCUGGAAGACGGACGUCUACGGCCGCCCGCUCGCGAUCCUCAACCUCAAGCGGCUGGACGCAAAGGGGACGGAUUUGGAGGAUCUGCGGUCGCUGUUCAUCAUGCAGAUGGAGGUAGCGCGGCGGAUCGUGCAUUUCAACAACGACCAGGCGCAGAGAUUGGGUGGAGAGGACGCCGACAGACUGAACUACCAAGUUUCCGUAGUGGUGGAUCUCGACGGUGUCGGCCUCGGGAAUAUCAACUACGAGAUGAUACCACUCUUCCACGAUCUAUUCAGUCGGCAUUUCCCGCAGACGCUGGGCACCGUCUACGUCCUCAACUACGGGUGGUUCCACUCGGGCAUGUGGUCGCUGCUCAAGACGGCGCUCCCGGCGGACGCCUGCAAGAAACUGCAGUUCCUGUCCAAAUCCGAGCUUCAUAAACACGUCGACCCGUCAGACCUCCAACAACCCUUCGGCGGAUCCGACCCAACCCCUUUCACUUACGACACCUCCCCGAUCUACACUCAGUUCGCCCACCCAAACUACCACGUCGCCUCCCGUAGAGUGUUGGAGCAGCUCUCGGCUCUGGACGCCGAGGAUGAAGGGUACCAUGAAGACGAAGACGUGUGGUUCGACGCCAUCGAGCAGCCCAUGACCCCCGUCCGAUCCGCAGCCGAUCUCCAAUCAAUGCUCCGCGUCGCGUCGGGACGAAACCUCCACGGAAUGGUCCGCGUGGGCUCAUCGGCGCGUAUUGGGAACGGAGCCUCGAGCAAGUCGUUGAAAUCACUCGCGAGACCGGGCGCGCCUAACCUGCCGCCUGCGGGUGGCCUGAUGAUGCGUGCACUGCAGACGCCGCCUGUGACGACAACAGUGAUCGCCAACCCCUUCACAGCCGCCGUCGCCGCCGCCGCCGCGUCCCUCCACUCCCCAGCAUCCAAGCAACCCGGCCGCCGUCGCGCAAUCGUCAAGAAAACCCUCGUGAAAGCCGUUCAAACACCCGCGCAGCCUUUCAUCUCCUUCCUCUCCUUCCUCAUACCCGGCGGCGCCAGCAAAGCCCCCACCGAUAUCACAACCAGCCCGACGACUUCAUCAUCCUCAGUACAGCAAGCAGGCCGCAAACGUUCCAAAUUCGUCCUAACUCUCCUCUUCCUGUUCCUCCUGUACGGCGGCUGGAAAUCCAAAUCGAUGCGGAGGCUGUAUAUCGGGUGGAUACUCGGAUCCUCAUCCUCCGCCUUAUGCUACAAUCCAUCACUCACAUCGGCGGCGGCGGCGGCGGCUGCAGCAGGAGUCGGGGCGGGUGGGGGCGAUACGGCGGAGUUGUCGGUGGGGAGGAUGUUUGGGAAGGUGCUUGGAAAAAGGGAUGUGGGGGUUGUUGUUGAGCCGGCGUUUGUGACGGCUAUUGGGGGGGCGUUGGGGACGUGACGGUCGUGAUGGGUGAAACAAUAUCUUUGGAAGAAUCGACAAACCAACCCCCCAUCCGCAAAGACACUACUACCCCAAACCAAAACCACCCAGAUACCCAGUG